AUGGAGGCGGAGGGAGGGAAGAACAGAAGAAGAAGAAAGAAGAAAAUACGGAAGAGAGAAGGUGCAGAAAUGGGAAUCAGUAAAACAGACAAACUGGCGGGAUUCCACCUACCUGGAGACCCUUAUUUCCCUAAUGAGGGCAACGCUGGAUGGCUCGAGGCAAAACCCGAGGAUAUGAUUGAGGAGGAUCCUGAAGAAGACGCUGAAGAGGAUCCGGAGGAAGAAGAAGAAGAAGUAGAAGAAGAGGAGGAAGAAGACGAAGAAGAGGGCCCCGAGGUAUAUGACCCACUCCCUGCACAUGCUCCUGCACGGGACUAUCCAGGACCGACACCCCAAUGGGGGACGAACUUAAGAUUUUGGAGCCAGGAACAAGGCCAACCCCACCCAUACGGAAACGAAAAAGGUUUCUACAACCUCGACAGGGGAGGCUCGGCCGACAGAGCCCUCCCUGUCAUUAUUCACCACAUCGCUCGCCACGAUCAGCGGAUCCGGGCAUCCACCAACCAGAUUAUGGAGGUUGGUGCGACUGCAGAAGUCACAACAGCCCGCUUUCGGUGCUUGGACCAGGAUCACGACCAAACUAGGAAUCGCACUGAGGUCCUGCAACAGGAAGCUGCCAUCGCCCGGAGCGAAGUUCGAGAGUAUCGGAAGCGUCAGGCCGCAAUUGAGAGGCGAAUGAUUGAAAUGGAGUGCCAGGCAGUCGAGGAUAGGGAGGAGAUCAGGGCAAUGCGGGCACUCAUAGCCGCCUUGCAGGGACCACCGGAUGCCACCCGCCUCGAGUAG